UUCGUCCUCGUCCUCGCUCAACGCGGACAUCUCCCGGUCUCCGUUUGCGUGGGAUCCGUUGGGGGCGCCGUUGACCUCCUUUGCCGCCGCCUUAGACGCGAGAGGCUUGUCGUCGUCGCUGGCCAUGGCGAUAUCGUUCGACAUAGGGAUGUGGCAAAAGAAAUCAGAUAAAAGCGAGGGCGCUCGACGCUGCUGAUGGCGUCCGACAACCUCGGUGGCUGCGGAAGCGAGGGGGUUCAAAGAAAGCAGGAACAAGAGCCGGACAGCGGGGCUGAUCAGAAAUUUCUGUCAAGUCCGCCCGACUGACCCUAAGGUAGUCACGGGACCGGCACAGGUCCCUGGUCCGCCGAGGGCGCCGAACACGGCAUUCUCUUGUCUUUUGUCGCAGCGAUGUCGAACCACCUCCCAGUGUUCCGGGACCCCUGGGCGAAGCUCGAGGCGUGGAGAUCACACCCGGUUUUCUCCAAACGCGCUAUGCUCUCGAACUUCUUCCCCGGCUUUGGCAUCGGUCUCUUUGCGUUCACGGUCUAUGUGGCCGCAGACGAGUUCUACUUCAAGCCGGAGCGGGCCUUGAAGGCUACGCAACACCAUGGCGAGGACCAUCACUAGACAGCCCCCAUGUACGGUAGCACACCUAGAAUGAACGUGAAGGCUGUCCGGAAACCAUCUCGGCUAUUCCGAGGGUGCGAUGAAUGGUGCCAAUGCCGCAAUUACACCGUCGCCUCUCGCAGUCAUGCAAUGCACGCGUGAUGCCAGCAGACUCCCCCCACACACAGCAAGCUCGCGCGAUCGGUCUAGUGAUACAGGUUGCGUGUUCUACAGGUGUACAUGUCUAUGAGGAUUUACAGAGGUACCUCUUAUACACCAAGUUAUCCGUUUCCUCCUUGAAUGUGUAUCCUAAGGUCUUGAGAUACCCAUCAAAGACUUCGUA